ACUCCUGAUUGUCGCCCACGAUUCCCCUUGCUCCGCAUUGAAAAUCUGGAGGGCGGAAAGAGCCCGCACCUUCCAACUGCUGGCCUGAACUUCACGAAAGAAGCCCCGGAAACGCGGCAUCAUGUUUCCGUCCUCAGAUUACUACGCCUUGCCGAAUCGUGCAUCUCAGCUCAUGAAUCUAUUCAGUCAUUCCACGUGCAGGGUCUUCCCCUUUAGUCUCACAAUUAACGACGAUGGCAGGAAACGCAUUUUUAGGAAGAGAUAGUCCCUCCGCAAGCUCAACGAGCAGCACGGGAGCGACGAAAAGAAAAGCCGGAGAGGGUCAGGAGGAAUCUCACCAUGUGAAGAGAGGCAAGUACAUUGCUACUGCCUGCAACGAAUGCAAGAGGCGCAAGAUCAAAUGCACUGGGGAAGUUCCCUGUCGUCGAUGCAGGCAUAUGUCGCUUGAGUGCCACUACCGACCACGCCCUGUCACAGCUGCUGUUCAGGAACAUCGUGAAAUCAAGGCUGUGCACGACCACAUGGGAAAGCUGCAGACACAAGUGAACGCGUUGAAGGCGCAGCUCAGCAAACUUCAGAAUCAACAAACUGCAUCUCCCACAAUCUCUACCUCACUCCCCACGUUGAACGCUCAGCCUACCUGGCCCGGUAGUUCUUCCAAAUCCCUUUCAUCAAAGACUUUGCCCACCUUUCGAGGGUCCACGACUUCGACUUACUGCUUCGAUAUUGUGAAGUUGUCUUUGCAAGCGAUGGGCAUCAUUGAUAUGGCCACAGAACAUCUGCAACCGGAGCCGCUCGAGGCACCACAGACCACGGCCCCAGAUACCAGGUUUCAUGGGGAUCCACUAUGUCUAGUCGACAGAGAAGAGGCAAGGAGACUUCUGACCAUAUACGAGGAAGAAUGCCAUCUCACCUAUCCGGUCUUCGACUUGAACGAACUACGUAACCAUGCAGACAUGCUCUACUCGUUCACUUUACCCCUCCUCAGGCAUGGCUCACCGGGGUGCGAUGCAGUGACCAAGUCUAUGAUGACUGAUGAUCAGACCACUCUCCUGAAAAUCGUGCUGGCUUGUGGAAUGAUACUCGACGGCCACGGGCGCAGCGACCUUGGCCAAAGAAUGUACACAUCCGUUAAGCACGCAGUAGACAGCGUUAUGUCACUACCACUGACCACAACGUCACUUGCAUUGCUCGUCGUCUUCGCCACAUUCCACUUCUGGAAUAAUGAAGAGACUCAAGCCUGGAGAUUGAUUGGUCUUGCCGCCAGGGUCAGCUUUGAGAUGGGCUUACAUCGAAGCGAUAUUCUGGCACGCUCGUUCACUACCGAAGCCGAAUUGAAGACCGCUGUCCGCGUCUUUUGGGUGGUCUACGCCCUGGAUCGAAGAUUCAGCUUCGGGACUGGCAUGCCAUUUGCGAUACAAGAUUCAGAUGUUGAUCCGGCCCUACCUGCACCGGAUAACGAGUUCCCCUAUCUUCCCCAUAUCACCAAAUAUAACCAGAUCAUGACUGAAAUCUGGGCUCAUGUAUCAGCCCUCGAGUCUGGCAAAUUGCCGUGCAAGGACAAUGUCGAUUUCCUUGACUACCAGGUCUUACGAUGGUAUACUCAGCUGCCAAGUUCACUUGGUUUCGACGACCAUGACCUGAUGUCUGAGAACGCCAUCCCCAGUCGAGGCUUGCGCCGGCUCCGACUUAUCAUGCGGCUGCGUAAGAAUCAAGCAAGGAUUUCAAUCUACAGGGUCAUGCUGCAUUCAGCGAACCAGGUCGUUGCCAAUCAGAAAUGCGCAGAAACGGUGACCACAAUAGCGAAGGAUACUAUCAACAUCAUUACAAGCGUCAACAAGAUCUCUGACCUCUACCGAAGUCAGCAAGUUUGUUACAAUUACUUCCUGGUCCAAGCAGUAGCAUCACUUAUGCUUGCCGCAGUCCGAGUUCCUGGCAUAUUCAAUCAUGAUGCUCGGAGAGAGCUUCAUGCUGCGAUCGAUCUGAUUGAGAGCAUGAAGACACAAUCGGUGGCUUCGAAGAGACUUUUGCAGACGAUUCGAGAUUGGAAGUUCUUUGAAUCGAAAAUCAGCCUGCUCAAAUCAGGUUCAGACAUCGUCAGAAGCACUGAUAAGUCUGGACAUCUCAGAAAACCUUACCGAUUCUCGGAAGAUGGCAACUCGGGCCAAACCAGAGAAAGGCAUGGAGAGAACAUCGUUACGAAUGAGCGGGAUCUGCCAAACCAAAUCGAGGUCUUUCCCUACACGCAAUCAUCAAACGGCCCACAAGUGUGUCGAGAGGAGCAAGCCUUCAAUUCUGUCCCACAGGGCACGGAAGAUGAUACUCUGGACUUCUCGACGUUUGCUACAAUUUUCCCAUCAGAACCAGAUUUCCAGAGAUUCAUGGACGAGCUGUUCUAGGGUUCUUCAUAUGUAGGCGUGUACCAGCAACGUUUGGGCACAAUUGAAUGUUUUUGAUGGAGUGGACCCCUUUCUCAACUGGAAGAGUGAAAACAGCUUUAUGAAGCCUGUAUGGAGGAGGGAAACGCCGGAUCAUCUUCAGCGAUUUCCGCACCUACAAGACAGUGGCAUGCUGCUUUUGACCGAUGCCAACCGGAACUCCCUGUAAUAUUCAUGGUGACUGCGCAGGUUGAUAUCUCGAGACCAUACAAGCCCCCUUCUCUGGCUCCUUCAUCCGCAAUGAUUACGUCAAAUUUCUGCUUAAGAGAGUGACGUUGCAACUUGUCGGGGGCCUUUGCGUCGAAUCCCCGGUUAUGCCAGCCCUCCUUUGCGCUGCAAAGAGUUUUUGCGGUCUUCCAGAUCC